AUGUACAAAACCAGGGUGGACGAAAGAGGAGGCGUGAAUCCCACAUGGGGUGACAAGUUUGUGCUGCCGUUUGAACAAUUCGUAGUCAAUGAGAGGUAUCCGGGAGUUUACCUUCAGCUCUACACGAAACAACUUUUGAUGGGCCGGACUCGACUCGGGUGGUGUCUGAUUCCAGCAGCCGACAUUGUGAGCCGGUUUUCGCCUGUGGGUUCAGUUCGUUUCUUGAGCUACAGUCUGAGGGAGAGUGACGGGUCGAGGGGUCAUGGGGUGGUCAAUGUUUCGGUCAAGCUGGAAGGCGCAAACGGCAUUGCAUGUCUUCUGAGGGCGUUGAAUUCCAAUGUCCCAUACCUGCUAGAUAUUCGAGAGAUUCGUGAUUCGGUGAUAGGAUUUCCAGUGAAGUCGUGA